UCCAAAUUGAAGCAGUGGCGUGUUUGGGCCCUUGGUGAAAGGGGUUUUCUUCAUAGUAAAUACCAGGCACUUCGCAAAGCUUUCAGUGACUCAACACAAAAAUGGCGUCCUCCUCAUCAUCCAGCAGCGGCGGUUACGACGUGCCGUGGGUGGAAAAAUACCGGCCAAACAAAGUCUCGGAUAUCGUCGGCAACGAAGAUGCCGUGUCUCGACUCCAAGUCAUCGCUCACGAUGGCAACAUGCCCAAUCUCAUCUUAUCCGGUCCUCCUGGAACUGGUAAAACAACUAGUAUUCUGGCUCUUGCACAUGAGCUUUUGGGGACAAACUAUAAGGAGGCUGUUUUGGAGCUUAAUGCAUCUGAUGACAGGGGUAUAGAUGUUGUCAGGAACAAAAUUAAGAUGUUUGCUCAAAAGAAAGUAACUUUACCUCCUGGGCGGCACAAGAUAGUUAUCCUGGAUGAAGCUGACAGCAUGACAUCUGGUGCACAACAAGCCUUGAGGAGGACAAUGGAAAUAUAUUCAAACUCUACUCGUUUUGCUCUUGCUUGCAAUACAUCGUCUAAAAUCAUUGAGCCUAUUCAGAGCAGAUGUGCCCUAGUCCGGUUUUCAAGGUUAUCUGAUCAAGAGAUUCUAGGCCGUCUCAUGGUGGUGGUAGAUGCAGAAAAGGUUCCAUAUGUUCCAGAAGGUCUUGAAGCCAUCAUUUUCACUGCUGAUGGUGAUAUGAGGCAGGCAUUGAACAACUUGCAGGCUACAUUCAGUGGAUUCCGUUUUGUCAACCAAGAAAAUGUUUUCAAGGUUUGUGACCAGCCUCAUCCAUUGCAUGUGAAGAACGUGGUCCGCUAUGUACUUGAAGGGAAAUUUGAUGAUGCGUGUUUGGGUCUGAAGCAGCUAUAUGAUUUGGGCUAUUCUCCUACUGAUAUAAUCACAACACUUUUCAGAAUUAUAAAAAAUUAUGAUAUGGCUGAGUACUUGAAAUUGGAAUUUAUGAAGGAAACAGGGUUUGCACAUAUGAGAAUCUGUGAUGGAGUUGGUUCAUAUCUUCAGUUAUGUGGCCUGCUGGCGAAGUUUUCUCUAGUUCGUGAAACUGCUAAAGCGGCAUAAGUUAGUUGGUUAGUAAAAUUAGAACCUGCUACAUCUGGGGUCCUGAUGGCAAGAACCUUUAGCAUAUAGCAAUGUUGCUUUAACAUUAGGUUUCUUGCAAAGACCUUUCGUUCAUGGAGUGCCGAAGUUGCUUUUAUAUGGGAACUUGUGGUCGAAUUCCGGAGCUUAUCACCAUCCAAUUUGACUUCUCCACCUUGGCUUCUUUAUUUCAAGGUAAUGAAUGAAGUUGGCGAAUCUUUUGAUUGUUUUACUUUAGAUGCCACUUUCCUCAUACUUAACAUUUGUCUUCAGAAAUGAUGGGACACUAGUUUGGUUCACUAGUUUCAUAACAAAAUCAAGUUGCUUUUAGGUUCAA